UGCAUCACCCAGAGUUCUUUUCGUUGUGCAAAGAAAAGUCCACUUUCUUCUAGGUACAACUAGAUCCUACUUCAGUAGUUGGAAGAUGACAAAGAACAAUUUUCUUCUGAUUUUUAUCUAAACAUACAAAACAAAGCUCUAACACUCUAUAUAAGCACGCAAACGAUUAUCUAAGUACCGACUGAUCAACCCGAUCGAUAUCGAAUCAUUAUCAAUGGCAGAAGCAACAAAGCGGUGUGCAGUUGUGACAGGGGCAAACAAAGGAAUAGGAUUCGGGAUUGUCAAGCAGUUGGCAUCAGAUGGAAUAACAGUGGUUUUAACAGCUAGAGAUGAGAAGAGGGGUCUUGAAGCUGUUGAGAAACUCAAACAGUCCGGUUUGGGAGGUGAAGUGGUUUUUCAUCAACUUGAUGUGGCUAACCCCUCAACCAUUGCUCCUCUCGCGGAGUUCAUUAAAACCCAGUUCGGGAAACUCGAUAUCUUGGUGAACAAUGCAGGGGUUGGUGGAUCCAUUUUGGAUGCUGAUGCUUUUAAAGCUGAAAUAGCUUCUGGUUGGAAAGAAACAAUUGAUUGGAAUAAAGUGAUGACUGAAAAUUAUGAGUUAGCAAAAGAAUGCGUGCAAAUAAACUAUUACGGUGCUAAACGAACAACCGAAGCGCUUAUUCCACUCCUCCGGUUAUCCGAAUCACCAAGAAUUGUUAACGUUUCAUCCUCCAUGGGCAACUUAAACAAAAUACCUAGCGACAGGGUUAAAGGAGUCUUCAGUGAUGUCGAGAACCUAACACAAGAGCAAAUAGACGAGGUGCUGACUCAGUUUCUAGAAGACUUCAAGGAGGGUUCGCUUGAGAGCAAGGGCUGGCCUUCUCAUAUGUCUAGCUAUAUACUCUCAAAGGCAGCAAUGAAUGCAUAUACACGUAUUCUAGCCAAGAAGUACCCCGAUUUUCGUAUCAAUUGUGUCUGCCCCGGAUUUGUCAGAACAGAUAUAAACUCCAAUUCCGGCGUCCUGCCUGUCGAAGAAGGUGCAGCAAGGGUUGUGAAGUUAGCAUUCCUGCCCAAUGAUGGCCCUUCUGGCUGCUUCUUUUCUCAGAAUGAAGUGACAGAUUUUUGAUUGAAGAAGAUUUUAUAUUGUAAUGCAAAUGUUGCAAUGUAUGUCCUUUAUUUGGGUGUCAGCUUGAACUUGUUAAGUAUACUUGGAACAAUCUAUAUUUGUAACACAGUACCUUCUGUAUAAUGUUUUAUUUCCUGCUUGGAAUAUAUGUUCAAUCAGUUGUGCAACAUUAAA